AUGUAUGAAGGUUUGGAACCUGAUUUUGAGGAUAUGAAUGACUGUUUGGAACGUGAUUUCGAUGAAAUGUAUGAUGAUUUUGAUGCAAUGAAUGACGCUAUGAACAAGGGAGGUGAAGAUGUUAUGGUUGAUUUGACUGAUGUAUUUAGCAUCGGCAUGAUGUUUGAUACGCGAGAUGAUUUAUUAAAAUGGGCUAGAAAUGUUGGAAGGGAAAAUGGAGUUGUCGUUGUUAUUUUUAGAUCUGAAAAUGCGACAGCACGACCAAGAACAAAGACAAAAUUAAUUCUUGGUUGUGAAAGAAGCGGUAAAUAUAGACCUUGGAAGAAUCCUAAACCGACGAGGAGUACUUGGAGUAGAGAAUGUGAAUGUCCUUUUAGAUUGAUAGGUACACCAUCAAAUGUUGGUGAUGGAUGGUAUCUGCAUGUAAUAUGCGGUGUCCAUAACCAUGAAUUGGCCAAAAAACUGACUGGUCAUGCUUUCAUAGGCCGAUUGUCUCAAGAAGAGAAAGUUGUACUUGGCGAUAUGACGAAAAAUAUGAUCAAACCAAGAAACAUAUUGAUGACAAUAAAGGAUCAUAAUGUUACAAGUUUGACAACAAUAAAACAAGUUUACAAUGCACGUCAAGCAUAUCAUUCAUCACUUAGAGGUAAUAGAACAAAAAUGCAACAUCUUUUGACAUUGAUGGAACGCGACAAAUAUGUCUAUCGAUAUAGGAAGGUAGAGGGUUCAAAUGAGUUGAGGGAUAUCUUUUGGACUCAUCCAGACGCUAUCAGUCUUUCUGAGCGUGUUGAUAAUUUUACAUGGGCACCACAAAUGUUGAAAGAACAGAUUACAGGUGGUGAAGUUGAAGUAAUUGUUACUGAUAGAGAUCUUGCUUUGAUGAACGCAAUUGAAUGUGUUUUUCCAAAGGCGGUCAAUUUAUUAUGCUUGUUUCAUGUAUGCAAAAAUGUGAAAGCGAAGUGCAAGAUGACUGUUUUUCCAAAAAAGAAGCAGGUGCAAAUAAUGGAGGCAUGGGAGGCUCUUGUUUACAGUUAUGAUGAGACUCAAUACUACAUGAAUUUGGCUAACUUUGAAGGAAUUUGUAGUAGCUCUUCUAUCUUUAAUGAUUAUGUACAUGACCAGUGGUUAAUUCCUCACAAGGAAAGAUUUGUUGAGGCGUGGACAAAUAGAGUUAUGCAUUUUGGGAACACUACAACACAAAGGGUUGAGUCGGCGCACUGGAGUUUGAAACAGAUAUUACAAGAUAGCAUUGGUGAUAUAUGCAGUGUUUGGGAAACCAUCAAUAGCAUGAUUGCAUUACAACACAGUGAGAUAAUAUCAUUAUUUGAAAAGAGCAUAAUUCAGAAGGUCUAUCAACAUAGUAACAGAUUGUAUGCCAAUUUGAGUGGUGUUGUGUCAAAAAAUGCAAUAGAUCACAUUACGGCAGAGUUUGAUCGCAGGAAGUAUGUAGGUAUAGAUAAGUCUGAAUGUCGCUGCACAAUUAGGAGAACACAUGGUCUACCUUAG